UGAGACAGGACAGACACCAGUGAUAGUUAAAAAAAGAAAAAAAAAGAAAAACCAAAAGCUUUUACGACUUGUUCUGAGACUGAUAAUCAAUUACUGCGAUUGGAGAAAAACAGUUGGAUUGAUCGGACGACCAGCAGAAUCUUUUAUUUGACUUUGAUUUUUGUUGGAAUAUUUUUGAGAAACUGUUUGUCAAUGGCUGCUGCUUCAUCUCCUUUCAUUUCCCUCAUCUUCCUCCUCUUCCUCGCUAUUGCUGCGGAGUUAAAACCGUCACCUCAACGAGACAACAAACAGGUUUUACACUCUCUGUUUGGCUCUCGUCUUUCAACUCUCAUCUUGGCCACUCCCACUUUUGAUGACAUCACAGAGGGAUCAGCUGGACAGCUCACCUCCACAACUCCUUCUGCAGUACUGCCUGUGAGCCACACCCUUGCAAAGCGAGUGAACAGCAGAACUGAAGCAGUCCCUCAGUUCUUUCUCAACUUCCUGCGGCAACAGACCAAGAUGAGGAGGUGGAGCCGCAAGUCGAUGAUGGGAGGGAGAGGAUGCUUUGGGAUGAAGAUGGACCGUAUUGGGUCCAUGAGUGGUCUGGGCUGUUAGACAUAUGUGUCACCAUGGUAACUACACUACGACCUAAGCUCCGCCUGACGUUGCAUGACCUCUGACCUCCAGAAGGAUGAAUUUUUCCACUGGGCAAAGACUUCAUGUUGGAUCUUUACUAAUAAAGGACUAAAGGAAACGUACUAAUGACCUCUGACCUCUGACGCCUGGCUCCAGUGCAGCCAGCAGGACUCUGUGUGUGUGAGAGACGAACAUGUUUUAAACAUGUAGAUAUAUUUGUGUGUGUAAGAACAUUAGGCAUUUAGCUCACAGCAGGAAAUGAUCCGCUUCACACGCCUUUUCACUACAGGAAGUACUCUGUGUUGCUCCAGUGAGGGGCGGAGUCUGGAUAAUGUGUGCAGGACAUGGCAGGUUAAAGACAGAUGAAUGUCCAAUCUGAUAGUGUUGCACAUUUUUGCGCUUUUACAUGUGUCUCUGUCGGGUGAUGUACUGGAAAGCUGAUCACAGUGGGGCAUGUGUGAAAGCAGCUUAAUAGACGACCAUGUGUUAAACAUGCAGGUAUGUGUGUGUUUGUGUGGACCGACUGCAGCCAACAAUAAACUACAGAGAAAACCUCACUGGGCUUAUGUUGCUUUGAUUCAACAGGUAAAUAACAUCACACAGAUAUUUAUUACAACAUUAAUAUUAAUGAAAGCUUCAGUUUUUACUGUGUGAACUUCCUGUUUAUGGUGACACUGAACGGACAUUAUGGUGCUUCCAACAAGGAAGAAGAAUCCUAAAUAGGAAUGCAUAUUAUGGCUCUGUAACAGCAGGAAUGUAUUUAUCUGUUGUUUAACCAGGAAAACAUUUUGAGGUUAAAGACUUGAGAAAUACCAAGGGCUCAGGGAAGAGCUUGAGAAGAACAACAUCGGAGAUCUCUGUCCAGAAGAGCACGGUCCUAGGAACAGCUAAGAUACUGCGCAGGACCGCUCUACCUUUCUGAGAACCAAAAGAAAACCUACUUUUUAAGAACUCGCUAACUCAAGAGUGACAUCGCUCCCAAGUUUUGACAUAUGAGUUUCAAAAUAUCUCUUCAAGCAUGUUAUGAAGAUGCAUUAAUGUUAUGAGAUGACCAAAAUAAUAGU